CGGGCAGACGCAUCGUCGUCUUCUUCGUGAGGGGUGGCGGAGAGACGGAGAGAGCGAGAGAGGUCCAGAGGGAGGGUCUUGUCUCCCUCAGACCCUCCAAUCGCAAUCCCUGUCCUUGCCGUCCUUCUCCUCCUCCUCCCAUUCUGAAUCCUGAAUCUUUCGCUCGCCCAAUUCUAUUUGUUUCGUUGCGAUCUUCUUCCCUCGAUUUGGCACCAUAUUUUUUCAAGGAAAAAGCCCGCGGCUUCGUCAUUUAUUUUAUUCGUGUUUUGGUUCGAUCUUUCUGUUGCGAGAUGCGCUGGAUUCCGGGGAAGCAUUCCUUGACUUUUGAUGCGUAGAUCCGUCUGGCGCGCCCAUCAGACCAUCACAUGCACGGCGAUUACUGAGAUGGAGUCCUUCAAGUUUCCUUCCCGAUCGAAUCCCAUGAAUUUUCCUGCUAGAUUUCAAGUCCUUCCCCGGGUUCCUCUAGCGAACACGAAGCCCUCGAGUCCGCAGACGACGAAAUCUAGCGUCGGAAUCAUCGUCUCCGUUGUGCUCCUCCUGGUUGGGCUGUUCUGCGUGUUAGCGUUGGUGGUCGGCUCCCAGUUCAAUGUAGGGUUCCGCAAGGGGAAAAUGAAGGGGUAUGGGAUCGUUAUAGAUGGUGGGAGCACGGGCACGCGGAUUCACCUGUUCGAGUAUCGUAACGACGGAAGAGUGCCGGUUUUGGAAUCGAUUUCCAAGGAGAAUUUUGCGACGAUGAGGACACACCCUGGGUUGUCGGCGUUUGAGGAGGACCCUGAUGGGGCUGGGAGGUCGAUCUUGGGUCUUUUGAAGUUUGCGAAAGAGAGGAUUCCCAAAGAUCAGUGGGCAGAAACCGAGGUUAGGUUGAUGGCAACGGCGGGUCUGCGCAGACUGGAAUUGGAAUCGCAGGAACGUAUAUUAGAUGAAUGCAGAAAGGUUCUUACUUUGUCCGGUUUUAAAUUCAAGAACGAGUGGGCUUCCGUCAUCACAGGAGCUGAUGAGGGUAUCUAUGCUUGGGUUGCUGCAAACUAUGCCCUUGGCACUUUAGGAGGUGAUCCACAUGAAACAACUGGAAUCAUUGAACUUGGUGGGGCAUCUGCUCAGGUAACAUUUGUUCCUAAAGAUCCACCACCUCCUGAAUUCUCUCGUGUUCUCAGUUUUGGUGGAGUUACUUAUAGAUUGUAUAGCCACAGUUUGCUUCACUUUGGUCAGAAUGUGGCAUAUGAUUCAGUUCAUAAGUUGCUUGCUUCAAAAGAUGGAGUGCAGUCUUCAGAAUCUCUGGGAGAGAAGACCCUGAACAAUCCAUGCGUUCCUAGAGGAUAUAGAAGUACUCUGGAAAAAUUGGAACCCUCAACUUAUGUGAAGGGGGUAAACAAUGAUAACCAUGUCUCAGUUCAUGCAGCAGGAAACUUUUCAGAGUGUAGAUCGGCUGCUCUGAUGCUUUUACAGAAAGGACAUGAUGAAUGCUUGUAUCGGCACUGCAAUGUGGGGUCCACUUUCAUUCCUCAUUUGCAUGGAAGAUUUAUAGCCACAGAGAAUUUCUUCUACACUUCGAAGUUCUUUGGGUUGGCUCCUUCGGGACUCCUUACUGAUCUUAUGCUGGCUGGAGAAAAUUUCUGUGGAGGGGAUUGGUCUGAGCUGAAGAAGAAAUAUGACACUGUUAAUGAAGAAGAUUUGGUCAAAUAUUGCUUUUCUUCUGCAUAUAUUGUCGCACUUCUGCAUGAUAGCCUUGGGGUACCAUUGGACGAGAAAAGGGUUGGUUUUGCAAAUGAAGUUGGCAAAAUUCCCUUAGAAUGGGCACUGGGAGCCUUCAUCAUGCAAAUGAAGGACAACCAAACGCCACCCUCCAACUGGAUCUUUGCAGAUGAUUCACUGACACUGUUUACGAUUCUUGCUGUUGCCGCUGCCUUGAUUAUCACAGCAUGGUCAGUAUCAAAAUGGCGAAAACCACAAGUAAAGACCAUCUAUGACCUUGAAAAGGGGCGUUAUAUCGUUACACGCAUCAGCAGGUGAGAAUUAGUUGACUUCACCUUCCGGUGCAUUGCGGCAACGAACUCCCUCACGAGAUGUAAAUCAAAACGCCAAAUCUACCUUGUGGUUAGCCAACUGAGUUGAGAGAAUUAAUAUGCCGUAUUCUCAUUCCCCUUUUAAGAUAUGGAGGAAAAUAAGCUGGCUUUUUUACAUCAUGCCUUCGAAGAAUGUAACCAUUUUUAGCGUUACGCUUGCGCCGUUGGCUGCAAAGUUGUUUCAGUGGGAUGCCCUAGCUUCACUUGAGGGAAGAUGCUGGACCUUCGUUUUCUCUGACCAGGUGUUCUCCUGGGGGCGUGCCUGCACAUGAUGUGUACUGGUC